UAACGUAGCCUAUACUGUCACUGACUGUAUUGCAUGACAUUUCAACGCACCAAUCACUUGCUGAGGAGCUGAUUGAGUCUACUUCCCUACACUGGGAUAGCUGAGGGGAAGCGGACGGACGGCGACCUCGUACGGAUAUCUCAUCAUCAGCCGAGUCUGCACGGUCAGAUCGCCUGCGAGAGAGCACCGGGAUACAGCGGGCCGUCGAUUUCUCUUUCCACCCGGUCACGGUGUCUGCUGCAGGGAGAUGGCCGGUAUUUUGGCGUGGUUUUGGAACGAGAGGUUCUGGCUUCCACAUAAUGUAACCUGGGCUGACUUAAAAAACACAGAUGAAGCAACGUUCCCGCAAGCCGAGGAUCUCUAUCUGGCGUGUCCUUUAGCAUUCUGCAUCUUUAUGAUACGGCUGGUUUUCGAAAGGUUUAUUGCAAGACCAUGUGCCAUGGGCCUGAAGAUCCAAGCCAACGGGCCACAAAAAGCGCAACCCAAUGCUAUCCUGGAGAAGGUUUUCACUGCUAUAACCAAGCACCCAGAUGAGAAGAGGUUGGAGGGCCUGUCCAAGCAGCUCGACUGGGAUGUGCGGACCAUCCAGCGCUGGUUCAGACAACGCCGAAACCAGGAGAAGCCCAGCACUCUCGCCCGAUUCUGUGAAAGCAUGUGGAGAUUUACAUUCUAUCUAUACAUAUUUACCUAUGGAGUGCGUUUCCUUAAAAAGACUGCAUGGCUUUGGAACACUAAAGAGUGCUGGUACAACUACCCUUACCAGCCACUGACUGUGGACAUCCAUUAUUACUAUAUACUGGAGCUGUCUUUCUACCUUUCCUUACUCUUUUCCCAAUUCACAGACAUCAGGAGGAAGGAUUUCCUGAUCAUGUUCCUGCACCAUGUGGCAACAAUUUCCCUCAUCACCUUUUCCUACGUGAACAACAUGGCACGAGUUGGAACUCUGGUCAUGUGUCUCCACGAUGCAGCCGACGUGCUGAUAGAGGCUGCCAAAAUGGCCAACUAUGCCAAAUGUCAGAUACUGUGCAACCUCCUGUUUGCAAUGUUUGCAAUUCUCUUUAUAAGUUCCAGGCUGGGAGUUUACCCUGUCUGGAUUUUAAAUACCACCUUGUUCGAGAGUUGGGAGAUUGUAGGGCCCUACCCGUCCUGGUGGGUCUUCAACCUGCUUCUGAUCCUGCUGCAGCUACUUCACUCCUUCUGGUCCUACCUCAUAGUGAAGACAGCGUGCCAAACCAUCUCCAAAGGAAAGGUGGGAAAAUGGAAUCCGUUGCAUGUCUCUAAAGACGACCGCAGCGACAUUGAGUCCAGCUCUGACGAGGAUGACAGCCCCCCACCCAAUCACAAGCUCCACAGCAGCAGCACCACCAACGGGACCAACAAAAAUCAUGGGACCAAUGGCUACCUGACAGGACCCCCAUAUGCCGAUGAACACUGACUAACACAACAUUGGAGCCAUGCUAAAGACACCAUCCAUCCAUCAAUCUCUGUGUGUGUGUGUGUGUGUGUGUGUGUGUGUGUGUGUGUGUGUGUGUGUGUGUGUGUGUGUGUGUAAAUGCAGUUUUCAGUUAUCAGUUUGAUUCUUUACUAAUUUCCUCGUGCAAUUUAUUCUCUUCAUCUAUAUAUUUGUAUCAAACUGCACUCAGUGAAAUAUCAAAGCACUCCUAUUGGUACAACCCACUCUCUGUUUAGCCAGUGAAUGAAAUUCCAAUUUAUGAUGUAAGCAUGCUACUUUAACAUACAGUAGUCAGGCAUACUGGGGGUCUUAUGUUCGUGUUUUUCUGUUAUUUAUUUUUUUUUAUAAAUAUGUUUGCAGAUGGUGGGACAUCUACUUUACUUUGAUGUCAGUGUUAAAGAUGAAAUAAUCUUGAACACAGAUGUUUUAUUCACACCACACAUCAUGACAAGUAUAAGAAAAAUGCUGAAGACCUGGGUUUACUUUCAACGCUACACCCCCAAAGAUGUGCCAAAAAUGUGUGACAUUUUCUCACAUUUUAAAACACAUUCUCCACUCAAACUGUGUAAGAGAUGUCAAUAACAGUAUUAUGUGUGUCUUAUAUGGCUAGAUGCUGUAUUCCCUAUUAAAGCAUUUGGUUAAGUAUUCUGAUACGUUUCUGGUAAGCAUUUCAUGAAAGGCCAUUUGUCCUCUAAGGAGACAGACAUACGUUUUUUGAGUUAUUCAAUAAAUGAAAAAACAUG